CAAGAAAACGGUGCUGCUCCUGAGGACGACAUCAAAGACAUUCUGCGUCGUGCAUUCAGCAGCAGCAGCAGCAGCAGAGGCCACCGCGGCAGCACCUGCGGCAGGACCGCCACUCGCGGCAGCUGCAGCAGCAGCAGGAGGAGGAGGCCGGGAAAGAGGCGGUGGCAAUGGAAGUGGGUGACUACGGCGCAGCAGCGGCCGCUGACGCCGCGGCACAGGAGGAGGAGGAGGCAGCUCGCCGCCGCCGGGCUCGUGCCGCCGCCGCCACCGCCGGCUGCUGCCUGCCGUAUCCCUACCGCGUGUGUGACCCCUGGCUGCCCGAGGCGCUGCGGCGGGCGUGUGAGCUGCUGCCGCGGCUGCUGCCCCGGCCAGGGCGCCAGAUGAGGAACAUCGCAGUGAUGACCGGCAGCCCCCACGCCCACACCGACACCCACGCACCCGACACAGGGGGCGGGGGCGGGGGCGGCCGUGACGCCGCCGUGGCCGGCGCCCACAGCGGCGGCGGCCCGCAUUCGGACUGGCUGGUGGCGCUGUCAGGUCUGCAGCCGCAGGUGGUGGCGGCGGCGGCAGUAGCAGGAGGAGCAACAGACAAAGACAGCGGCGGUGUGUGUGUCAGUAGUGGACCGGAGCGGCUGCUGCUGUGCGGGCUGGUGUUUGAGGGGGUGGAGCAGGCGGCGCUGCUGCGAGCGGCGCUGCCGUCAGUGCGGGACUACAACUUCCGUGACUGUGACGUGCGGUGUCCUGAUGGCGCGGCUCGGCGUGUGCGGUGGCUGCGGGUGGCGGAGGCAGGGGCACGGGGGCAGGGCGGUGCGGGGCCGCCGGUGUUUGAGGCGUGAGUCUUGAAGUUGACAACGCCUUAUUACGCAUUUUUCUGCAUUCUUGUAUUCAUUCAUUCAGUCCAUUUGUAUACCGUGUAGGGGGACGGACCGGGCGGGGUGGCAAAGUGGCAGGAUUGUUCGGAUGCACGCUGCACCAGUAGCAGCAGUGGUUUACGGCACCAGGCACCGGAGCUGUAUGUGUGUAGUCUGCUGGGCGAGAGGGCGGGGGCAUGGCAUGUGGGUUGGGAGGGAGGAAAGGCUGGAGGUACCCGGUCU